AUGGAUCACCGUCCGCAAGCUUGGGGUCGUCCUAGAGACGAUGUUUACGGUGCCUACGAUGCCUCUUUCAUGACCGAUAAUGGCCCCAAGCAAAACACCCAGCAGCCCAUUGUCACUGGUACCUCCGUCAUCGCCGUCAAGUUCAAGGACGGAGUUGUCAUGGCUGCUGAUAACCUAGCGUCAUACGGCUCUCUGGCCCGAUUCACCGAUGUCAAGCGACUCCGCUCCUUCGCCGAGUCCUCGGUCGUUGGCUUCAGCGGCGACAUUUCCGAUAUGCAAUAUCUCGACCGCCAUCUCAUCGACCUCUCCCUCGACGAGGCCUACACAUCCCCCGACGCUCCCCGCCUCAACGCCGCAAACCUCCACCGCUACCUCGCUAAGCUGCUUUACCGCCGACGCUCCAAGUUCGACCCCUUGUGGAACCAUCUCCUUGUUGCUGGUCUCGACGACGAUGACAAGCCAUUCCUUGCCGCUGCCGACUUACUCGGCAGUACCUACAGUGCCCCUAGUCUGGCUACGGGCUUCGGUUCCAUGCUAGCCCAGCCUAUCAUGCGUCGUCAUGUUCCCGACGAGGAGGCCGCUCAGAACUUGGAGAAGGAGGAGGCUAUCAAGAUCAUCAAGGAAUGCAUGAAGGUUCUAUACUAUCGCGACGCUCGCAGUUUGGACUCUUACUCGAUGGCUGUAGUCACAAAGGAAGGAGUGGAGCUUACCGAUGGUCUGCAGCUCGAGGCUCAGAGCUGGGCCUUUGCUGAGAGAAUUCGCGGAUAUGGUACUCAAACUGUCUAA